AUGCGUGACGGGCCGCGCGACGUCGCCGCCGCGCUCAUCACCGCUGGCGCCGCGGGUCUCGUGAUCGGCGUCGCGAAGAUCGCGCCAUGGAUCACCUCGUUGACCGCCAAUGCGAUCGCGGGCGCUCAACCGUGGAAAGUCGUCGUCGCUUUGGCGUACGGCGUCAACGUUGCGAGCGUGAGCGCGCCCGGACGCAUCGACGGAGAGAUGCAAAAACGCGCGGCGGAGGCGAAGCGGGCGAAACCAGAAGAAAAGGCGCACGGGGUCCCGUUGGACAGCGAAUUCCGAUCGCUGUUCACGCCCGCGGGGUGGGCGUUCGCGAUUUGGGGGGUGAUUUACGCGGGCGAGAUGGCGAUGACGGCGCACGCGUUGCUCGGGGGUGACGAAAGAGUCGCGGCGGCGGCGCCGUAUUGGGCCGUCGCGUGCGGUUUACAAUCUCUUUGGUGCGUCGCCUUUCGACCGUGGGCGAAAAAACCUCGACACUUUUGGGUAUCCAGCGCUUUGUUGAUCACCGAGGCGUUCGCCCUCGGCGGCGCGACGCGGGCGUUGCGCGGCGCGGGUUCGAUUUCUCCAUCCGAGGCGCUCUUCUGGACCACGCGCGUGCCGCUCUCCUUACACUUCGGGUGGAUCUCGUGCGCCGCCCUGGUGAACGUCAACUCGCACGUCGCGAAGACGUGCGCGAUUGACACUCAAAUCGCCUUCGCUUUCCUCUCCGCCUUCGGCGCGAGCGCUCUGGGCGCGGGCGUCUCCGUCUUCUCCGGCGACGCCGUCUACGGCGCCGUCGUCGCCUGGGCCCUCGCGGCUGUCGCCUCCGACGGCGGCAAACGCACCACAGAAACCGUGCGCGACCACACCCUCGACGCCCUUCGCACGGCCGCGUCCUGGGGCGCGCGGUUCGCCCUCAUCGCCGUCACGCGCGUCGCGUUCCGUCCCUGA